AUGAAGAUUAUCGAAGAAGGGAUUGUACCUUCGGACGAUAGCCUCGGAAAAAAUUCAAGCAAUGAGAAUGAAGACUCCACAAUUUGUGCCUCAAACAAUGUGGUUGUCGUCGCUCAAAAAGUGAUUGCCGAGGUGAUCGGAACAUAUUUCUUGAUAUUUAUAGGAUGUGGUUCAGUUGCCGUGAAUAAAAAGUAUGGAUCGGUGACAUUUCCAGGGAUUUGCAUGGCUUGGGGGUUGAUAGUCAUGGUCAUGAUCUACUCUGUUGGCCAUAUCUCCGGCGCACAUUUUAAUCCUGCGGUCACCAUUUCAUUCGCCAUUUUUCGCCAAUUCCCCGCCAAACAAGUCCCUUUGUAUAUUUUGGCGCAAUUCACCGGAUCAAUACUUGCGAGCGUGACUUUGUAUUUGGUGCUUGAUUUACGGAAAGAAGAUUAUUUUGGAACUGUACCGGUUGGAUCCAAUGUUCAAUCCUUCAUCGUGGAGAUAAUUACUUCUUUUCUCUUGAUGUUUGUUAUUUCCGGUGUCGCCACCGAUAACAGAGCAAUUGGAGAAUUGGCUGGAAUUGCUAUCGGAAUGACAAUAUUGAUCAACGUUAUUGUUGCAGGGCCAGUGUCGGGAGCAUCGAUGAAUCCGGCAAGAAGUAUUGGGCCGGCAAUCGUGAUGCAUGAAUACAAAGGGUUGUGGGUGUAUGUGGCCGGCCCUUUUUUAGGGACAAUUCUAGGGGCUUUUACCUACAAUUUUAUUAGAUUCACCGAAAAACCACUCCGAGAAAUAACCAAAAGUGCAUCAUUCAUUUAA